ACCGCAGCCACUUGGUGGAGAAACAACGCUUACAAAAAUUUGGGCUAUGGCGAGUCUUUCCCAACAUCAGGAGGUGUUUCUAGUUCUAAUAUCGACGAGGAGGUUCUUGAUGCGUCAAUGAAGCCUCCAGGUACAACAACUGAAGCAGGUCGUGAAGGUAGUUCGUACAUUGACGAGAAUGAAGUGUGGCAAUCAACAGACUAUGGCAACUACUUUCUUCAACCUGGAGCUGCAAUUAUCAAUGUCAACAAUUUUAACGAAGGCAAUGGAGCAGAAGAUGAAGCUUUACACCAUCAACAACAUGUGAAUCUUCACAGCACUUACGGGUAUGAAGAUGGGAGUUCUUGGCGCUAUGGUCGAUUUCCUAAUCAGAGUGGAUCUGCUGGUACUGGUAUUGUAGAUCAGGACCGUAGGCAGAAAACCUCGAUGAGAACUUCUUCAUCAAAAGGUGGCAAAAGGGGGUCUAGCACUGCUCAACAAAGCUGCAAAUCCUCGUCAAGCAAAUCCUCCUACAAUAAUGGGACAUCUUCAGGAGGAAAUAACGGGAGAAUGCCGCGUGGAAGCAGUUCUAAGGGUGGUGGAAAUCAAAAGGGGAAGCGAGCCAAUGCAACAUCAACUGGGAGCAACCGAGCUGUUACACGCAGUUGCUCUACUACAUCUUCAUCAAGCACUCAGCAGCAUAAAGUGCCGCCACCACCACCACCUCCGCCACUGCCACCGACUGCCUAUCAUGCGGCCGCCGGAUCUGCGUCCUACGUUUCGUCCUAUGACCACUACGACAACAACACUGCUGGAUACAAUAUCAAAGCAGCAGAUUACUUCGCCUCUUGGCUGGGAAAUGUGAAUGAUCAUGGCUCCUUUGGUACAACUACAACAGAUGGAAGCGGAUCUACUUUCCCUACAACUUUCGGAGACAAAGAUGAACACCACGAUCAAGGAAUGCUACACAAUGGUGAGGACGAUGCUGCGGUUAGGGAAAUGCUUGGUAGAUUGAAAAGUGAACUUACUGCAGUGCAAUCGCGACAAAUUGACCAUGAUGGAGAAACGGAACAAGGUGAGAACAUCAACAUUGUUGAAGGUCAAAACGCUCACCAACAACAUCAUCUUCAACAUCAGCAUGUAGAUCUUCAUCAAAGUACUACAAGAACUUCUACUGAGCAUGUGCAGGAUGUUGCUUCAUGUUCAUCACUGCCAGGUGAGGAGGUGGCCGUGCCAAAGUUGGCGGCUGCGUCGUGGGCGAGCUACAUGCAAGACUUCGCUGCAGUUGCAGCAGAGCAACAACAGCUGUGGGCCGCGCAGAUGCAUUACUGCGCCAGCAUGCUAGCUGAACAUGAUGCAGCGUUGAGCGGAAGUGGUGGCGCCCCGGCGACAGAGGGACAACAUAAGACUGAAGGGACUCUUACCGCAACUUCUACAUGUACAGUAGCUCCUCUCACAGGUCCUGUUGAUUCACAAAGAGGAACCACAACAGGUCGCUAUGUCGAACAUGAAGCUCCUGCAGGAGCAGAAGAACUUCCAGCGCCCCCGCCUCCACUGCCGCCUAUUCUUCACAAGAAGACCCCGAGAACGACUGGCGCCUACACCAACUCUGCUUCUACAAUUGAGCGCUCCUCCUGUGAUAAUGAACUACGAUCUACUCAGCAUGAUCACCAUGUCGGAGCAUCCGGGAAACAAGCAACUAGUAGUGGAUGUGAAAAAAGUAAAAAGAGCAAUCCCGCUUGGUUUUACAGCGAAGGAGGAGACUCUUCUAGUAACGGAAGCACAGGGACGAGUCCCGAGCGAGUAUCAAUGAUGUACACGCCAACAACAGCAAGCAGUACUGCCAGUAGCACAGCGACUACGCCACCGCCAGAGUCUGACCGUGAUCUGAUGGAAUUGGCAGAGCACGCGGAUCAAGUCGGUCCACCCACGGAGAAGCAGACGUCUCUUAAUAAUGCUGAUUACAUGUUGUACAACCAUGCGAGGGAGAAUAUAAUGAGCAACUCAAUGCGAAGUUGUGCUACUGGUGCGGCCGUGAAUGUCCACCAGGAUCUUCUUGAGCACCAGGUAUGUUGGACGCAAGGGAAUCAUCAUUUUCUUGGCCAUAGUAAAGGUGGAUCAUCUGCUGGAGGAGCUUUCGAUAGGAAGAAAAACAAAAAUCGAAGAGGAGCACAGCGCGACUGGAUGGGGCGUUCUGGCACGGCUCGCGAACUGCUAAAGUCUUUUGCAGAGGAGGAAGAGAUGGAGGGGGACGGAGGUGGUCGUCAACAACAACAGCUAGGAUCCACUUCUUAUAGGGUAACAUCAACUUCUCAACAGCAGUGUGCAUUUAACAGCACCUCAUCUAGACAGCACCUCUCGACCUCGACCCCUGCUCUUGACGGUGCUCAACUACACGUGCUACAAAGCAUGGGUGGCGAGAGUACUACAGCGUCUGAAAAUCCACUUGUUGCAGUUAUUACAUCACCGGCGACCUUGUUUGCUCGACUCGCAGCCAGUGUAAGGGAGCUUCAUCCGAACCAAACCACGGCGAAACCGGCUCACUCGACGAUGCAGGACCAAGAGGAAAUCAAGUCCUUGUUUGAAACGUACUAUAGCCAAUGCGAAAGAAAAAUUGUGGAAGAAUUGGACGUCGAGGACGACGACUCAAAGUCGAACUACAGUGUAAAAGCUACUAUUUUAGGUCAAAUGGGUGACCUCUUGGCGAUUUGCGCUGAACAACGCCAACUGCGAUUGGCGGAGUACUUCUACUCCAGAAGCAAACCUGCAUUGGGGGCGGCUCUGAAGAAGAGUAUGAUGCAGCUUUACUGCAAGUGGCAAAUGUGGUCGCAAGCCUGUGAUCUUUUAUUUCGUUACGGCAAUUUACUAUUCGUUUACUUGAAGCCCUACUUCUUUAUCUAAACUUGAAGAUGUUCAUGAUGUUGAUGCUUAUUUAUUUCUGAAAAGACGAAACUUCGUGUAUGAUUCCAGAUAAGCGGGUUCGUCAUAGGCGCUAAUAAUCGACCGAGGAAAAAAAUCAAGGAAGUUCUGCUGCUGCUGGAGGUAGUACGAACGCAUCAAGGACAUCGUUGGAGCGCGACACCUCUGAGGUGAGCAAGGCGGAAUUAGGUUGUGUGCUGAAGUGCUGUGUCGAGAGUGGGAGAUUGGAUGCGGCAGAGGAGAUCUUUCUCUCUAUUUUGGAGAAUAAAGGACAAGCGUGUGCACCUUUGGAAGGAGCGAGUGUACUUCUCGAGACAAAGACGAAUUUUGAGGAAGAAACGGGGAGUUCUGUACUUGGAUCUGCCACAAAGAACGACUCCAGUGCUGACAUCAAAGUGAGUACGGAGGAAGAACAGGGGAGGAAAGAGCUUUGCGUCUCUGCUCAACAAGGUGCGGCUCAAGAAGGUGCUGCACUUGCAAUUGCACCGGAUGAACAACAACACGGAAGUACACCACCAUCUAGUAGUACACCACCAUCUAGUAGUACACCAGCAAUUGUUGAUGUACAAGAGAACGACCACCCAACGACAUCGUGUGGAGAAGGCGGUCAGUGUCAGAAUGAGCAGGUCGCAACGCAGGACAUUGAUAUCCAGGAUUACAUGGCUAUGAUCCGUUGCUAUGGUAAGAUGGGCAAGAUUGGGAAGGCUCGGGAUGUGGUUGCGAUGCUGCGAGCAAGUAUUGCGGCGAAAGCCGUUGCUGGAGGAGCAGCAGUAGUCAACACUAUCUGUGGUGCCGAUGAGCCGAGCAGUGAGAUGUUGAACAAAGCCUUCAGUUCAACAACAACUACAGCCGAGUAUAUCAACAACUUGAUUCGACCAGCUUACAACUCGUUACUGGAUGCGGUGGUGUCAUGCACUUCCAUGGACGACUUGGGAGCCGCGGGUUGCGCGACGAGUGUAGGAGAUGGACAAUAUAUAUCGUCGGAUGAAGAUCAUCUUCAAGGAAACAAAAGCAGUAGUUUGACCGAAUUGCGUCGCAGAGUUGCCCGGUCUGUACUGGAUGAAAUGGAAAGCCAGAACCUCUGUGAUUCCGUGACCUACAAUACCUACUUGAAAGCCUUUUGCACGCCUACAACUGCUUUGUUCAGCUCGGAACAAGCUGCUGGUUAUGAUGCUGCUACUGGAUUCACUUCUUCCGCCUUUUCAUCGGCCACAACCGUCCACAACAACAAUACCUCUUCUUCCUCGCUGCACAAAGACAACCACUACCACCACCAGCAACAACAACAACAACAAGUCUCCUCCUCCUCAACGCUGUUAGACGACGCCUUUGCCUGCAUUGAAGAGCUACGCGCACGAUCGCAGUUCGUACCAGAUCGAGUGAGCUACAAUUCUGUCCUUAACCUUGCAGUCUCCAUCGGAGCCCACGACAAGGCAUGGGACAUCGUCAGGAACGGAUUGUGUGGGCAGAAGUAUGCGGUGGAUCAUUACUCAGUGACAAUAAUGCUGAAAACGGUUUCGAGGCACAAACAUGAAAAAACGCAACGAAUGAACCAGUUGGCGUUCGAGUUAUUAGACCAAAUCCGUAUAGGGAGUGAUGAGUUUCUCCUGAAAACGGCGAUCGACAGCUGUAUUCGAGCGAAGGAAUAUGGGAGACUGCGUACUGCGAAAUUUGUUUUUUUUCUGUACUGUUUUACUUAGUCUCACAAUCUGAGUGUGAGUAGACCAGUAGACCCUCUGUGCAUGCUUGUAGUAGACAGCAGCACAGUUUAUGAAAGUGGUGGUAAGAGGGAGAGACAGAUUGAAUGUGUUUGCAUAUUUGUAAAUAAUGUCCUCACUUUUCACAUUGAAUUUCAAAAACAGAGCGCAUCCUCGAAACGAGUGAGAUUCUCUACCCGAACGUACCAACCUACGGUUCGUUGUUGAAGGGAUGGGGCAUUUUAAGGGACGUGGAGCGAGUCAAGGCCUUAUGGCAGGAGAUGACGGCUGUCUGCGGUCUAGUAGCUGAUGAAAUCACUCUAGGAUGUAUGAUCGACGCUUGUGUCAGCAACGGGGAACUCGAUUACGCACUACGUGUCCUGGAGGAGCAGCAGACCGGAUCACCAGCUUCUGGUGGUGUCGUGAAGGCAGGUAGUAAUGCUUCUGCAAAGACCUCCUCCAUCAAGUCCGGCACCACCUCCGGAGGAGGACCAGAUGAACAGCAGCAGUCCCAAGUAGUGCAACCUCCACAGAAGAAGAUUGAGAUGAACGGAAUCAUGUUUUCGACCUUUCUCAAAGGCUUUGCCUUAGAGCGACGAGCAGCUGAAGCACUGCGCUUCGCGGCUCAGCAUGGACGCAACGGGCGCGGAGAAUCUCUGAUGAAUGCAGUCAGCUACAACACACUCAUUGACGCAUGCUGUCGAUGCGAUAAGCAGAAUAUGAUGGCCGAAGCCGAACGACUGGUCGAAGAGAUGCUACAAACUGGAGGAGGAGUCAAGCCGGACAUUAUCACCUUUGGAACAUUGAUCAAGUUAUGCACAAACUUGAACUUAAUUAAUUCUAUCAUAGCAUUAUACAAAUAUCAUAUCUUGUCGUGUUGAUGAUCAUCAUGAUACUUCGGGCAGUGAUGCCAGAACUCUAGCUGUCUGGUCUCUCAUCUUUGACAUACAUUACAGCUCAUCUCUAGCAUAUUUUAGAGCUUCUAAGAUGUGGAUACAUGAGCCAGAGCAUGGUCGAGCAUGCGAUUGAUAUUUACCGCAAACAUUUCGUAUGCCCAGGCGACCGCCGCACUGGUUUCUCGCAGCUCUUACGCCCAAAUGAGGUAACUGCGAUCUACAUGUCUUGUAUUGCUUGUGCGUGCUUCUACUUGCUCGCCCUGAUUACACACUCUCUGGCUGGCUUCGAUGUACCACUGCGCGAGCGGGAGGGCGUCAGCAUCGGGUGAGUGCCCAUCGGGCCCUGAAAUUAGCAGAAGCGAGGAGCCUGGCCUUUGCCAAGAGUUUGGAGACUUGUGCAACGGGGUGAAAGAAUUCGGGGGCAUGGGUGUCUUUUCCUCGGGUGCUGUGGUUUUGAGGUCUACAGCGAUGCCCGCGCGGUUUGGUGCAAGGCCACGCGGAGGCCGUGCGCAUAGGAUGCACAGCGGGAGCCUUCGCCGCCCGUGCCCUCGUCUGGCUAUCUGCGGCGCAACUGCCCGGCCAAGAAUUACAGGGUGCCACGAGCUCAGCAGCAGCCCGACGGGCUAACUCCUGCCUAGCUUUUUCGGCUGCUGUGUGGCUCCAGUCUGCCAUUGUCACUACCCCAAUUUCAAACGAAGCACCCGCUUACAGCUAUCCAAUUGCGAGCAACGCAGUUUGAAGCCUUUAGCGUCACCCUCGAAGUGAAGCUGGUGAUAGAUUGGAACAAGCCGAGCCGGGACCGGAGAAACUCCCUCCACAAAGUUGAGGCUGGAGAACCGAGCAUCAGCGUCAGGUGGGCGAAAAACCAGCCGCGGCGUUUCCAGGCGGGAAGUCGAUUGCGUGGCUGUCUUCCAUCUUGAGCAAGAAGAUGCGUCCACUCCUCGCGUUCUUCUUGUGCUCGGCUUGGUGAGUCCUUGAAAAAGGAGCAAGACCAGCGGGAAGCCAGCAGAGACAUCUGCUCGCUGGCCUCGAACAUACAGAAGCUAAAGGCGCGCACUGCGACAAGAUUCACUGUCCAAGACAAGGCGGCGGCUUGCUUUCAAGGGCUUCGCAUUGAUCUCAAGAAAGUCGCCCCUCUUACUAGAGACUGCCAUGCCGCCUUUAAGGGGCACCAACGUGCACAAGGGCCGCCGCCUCAAGCUCGUGCGCCACGGCUUUCGAUGUAAGUAGUUAGCCGCUGGCAUUCAUUUUAAGGGGCGACAAACACGCAAGGGGGCGGGCCUUGUCACCGCAAUGAGCCGCCUCUGCGAUUGAUACAUGGCAAAGGGCUAGCGGCUUCUUUUAUGUAGCUACGUGCAGCGCAACUGUGGCAGAGAGAGGGCUCAGGAGUGGGCUUAGUGGGUCUCGCCAACGCUGCAAAAUUGGGGGCCCCAAGCUUCGCAAGAAGAUGCGCAAUCUGGGGGCUUCUGACAUUGGUGACGGCUCUCGCCACCGCGGGGGGGCUGUGGACUACCUAGCCCCAAAACGAUCGACGCAGGCCAAUCCUCGAAGACGCGAGCGGCUUCGUAGCGCAUCUGGCAGCGACGACCAUGGUGCGGCUUUGUAGGCCUCGGCCAGGGCAUCCUCGACGAGUGGCCUACUCCCCGCUCUCGCGUUCGCAUCCCUUCGCUCAAGUAGUUCGGGACAAAAGCCGUCACAUUAUUUUGCUCAAUCUGCGCCCACGAGUCCGGCUUGUGAUUUCGUUCUUACCUCACGCGGUUCGAGUUUGAACAUGAUAAGACUCGCAGCGGUCGGCGCUUCUGCAUUCUUUACAGGAUAGCAUAGGACUGCAAGGGGGGCAAGAUUGGGGCCACAAGAAAAGUAGGGGCGGGCGCGUUCUGGGUGACAGCCGUGCCGCGACUUGUGGGCCGCCGCAAAUUGGAGAUGGUACAUACAAGCUACACCGUUGGCGUUUUCCUCGUGGAGGAUGUUGGCGUGUGUUCUUAUGCGCAGGCCCUUGCAUUGCUGGGGGGACAGGGGUAGAGCUGUAGCCCGAGAGCAAAGCCAGGAACUGAAGCAAAGCCAGGAGCCCGCUGCUAGCUUGUUGUGGCGCCUCGUCUUGUUUUUCGCCUCGUCAAUUGAUUCGCCGCCCCCAAAUUGUCGAAGGCAUGAAAAAAAGAGAGCCGAGAAGAAUGCAAGGCCGCGGGCCAUUUUUUCUGUGCAAGGCUUUCAGCGCUGAGAGACCAGCCUGGGGAGGAUACACCCGGCAGGCUGGAGGUUUUUCCGUCGAUGGAAGACAAGCGUGGCGGCAUGGCUUUCGGGCGCCUGGCAAUAUUAGGGCUAGCCCCAUCGGGAUUUGCUACGUGCUCGGCGUCGCUCCUCAGAAGUGGGACUGACGCGGGGACAAGUUCGCAAACUCACCGCUGGACGCAGGUGCGCGCGUGGUGGUUUCAGGGCGCUGCCCAUACUCAGGCAGCUGCUGCGAUGGCGGUCUUUGCGUGUUGUCGUGGGCUGCGUCGUGCUUCUUUUCUGCUCGCCUCGGUGGCGGGCCCGGAUAUUCUGUCGCUUUUCUGUAGGGCUUUCUGUUACGGGUGUAGCACUGCAGAGUGCAGCCAGUAGCUACUGGACUUUAAUAUUAUGACUGACACUAACCUCGCACAUUUUUUCUCGACCAUCUAGUAAAUCGAUCCAACUACAUCUUUCCGUAAACAGGUGAUCUUCAACACGCUACUCGACGGCUGCGUGAAGAAUGGGCGUUGUGAACUCGCCUUGGAGCUGUUCCGGGAGAUGCAGAAUGUUGAUUUUGAGCCGAGUCAUUUCACUCUGACAAUUGCCAUCAAGAUGUAUGGCCGACUGCACCGUGUGGAUGACGCCUUGCAUCUGGUCGCCGCGUGGCCGCGAUUGUACAAGAUCCAGCUGAACAACCACGUUUUCACCUGUCUUUUGUCUGCCUUGUUGAACAAUCGAUGGUACGAAGAAGCUCUUCUGAUUCCGGAACAGAUGCUCGCAGCUGGCGUACUACCCGAUGCACGUACUUACGGCACACUCGCCACUGGGUUGCUAAAGGCCGAUCGCGCAACCGCUGCCCGAGACACACUGGUGAAAGCUUUUGCGCAGGGCCCUGGAGUAGAAUACGACACUCUCGCUCGAUUGUGUCGCAUCUUCGUCAGCAGAACUAAAGCAAUUACUGCUUCGAACAAUCGAGCGUUUAAGGCUUCCCCAAAUAAAAUUGAUUCAUCUCAAGAAGAAUCUUUGACUUAUUUUUUUGCGUAAUGAUUGGCUUGCUUCACCCUCCUCACUCCAGUGUGUGCGUUUAUGAUUAGCUUAUCUAACUGCGGGGUAAGUGAAGUUAAACGACCUACAAUCUAAUCCAGUCAUCAAUUAUUUUUUUGCGUAAAUUUUCAACUGGAAAGUGAAUGGUCUUCAGAGAUGCGCUUCAACGACUACACAUCUUGAGUUUAUGGAUAACAAGGUCUAAGAUAAUAUCAAGUUCCUCUAAAGCAUCCACCGCCUUCAAUGCUCAGACGAGUACUGGUGCUGAACAUCUGGAUUUGGCGAUUUUGUACAAUGAGUGUCUCCGAGUGGUGUGGAAGCCAGAGGCACGUGGUGUACUCCACCGCGCGGCUGGUUUCAUGCUGGCGGCAAAUAACGACAAAUUACUGUUUUCAUCAAACAACUGUCCUAAUGCGUCUAGUAUGUUCUUUAAUGCCGCCACUGCUGGUUCUGCUGGAGCAUGUGGUAGUGCUUCUAAUCAUGGAGGAGGUGGCCCAUCCCGCGGUUACAACAACAAAAACAAAAAUAAUACUAGUUCUUCUGCUUUGAGUCAGAUGGCAACUUGUUCUGGUGCACGUGCAACGUCUGGUGCUGGAAAUGCUUGUGCUCCUGCGUCCAGUGGCAUCUACAACAACAAUCAUCAUUCGAACAACUACAAGAGCAACAAUUACGGCAAAACAAGCAGGAACUAUAAAGGUGGAUGGAACAACAACUACGGAGGUGGGAGAAAUGCCGCAGAUCAAGGUGGUCGCUGGUGAUUCAUAUUCCAGAACUUGCAAGUACUCCUUCGAGCCUUCGACCUAUAUUAACUUAGAAUACUGUUAUAUUAAAGUAGAACCACCAUGAUCUCUAGUCUGAAAACCAUUUUUAGUUCUGAAUUUAGAGAUAAGUAUGAGUCAUAUCAACACGACGACGGCAUAGUUUGGUAGUCCAAGAGAGCCUUAACCACAUUGAAUCUGUGCAUAUAGUACGAUUACUUCGUUUUUAAUCUACCACUAGAGAACUUCACGAGAACUCCUGUGUUGUCAUGCGAAACGCAAACAUUAUUCAAUCUGUUUUCACAACAUGUUGCUCAACAUAUUAAUUAAGUAGCCAACAUACAACUGUAGUGAAGACAACAUUAUUCAUUUUUCUGCACUAAAGUGCGGCUGAUGGCAGGCAAAAUGAUGCCAUAGCCCUUCUGACAACUGUGAAACUCACUCUCUUUUUUCUCUUCAGAGGUUAGCUAGCCGCCGAUUGUAACGGACGAACCUCCACACAUAGGCUUGCUACUAUCCAGGUGCUGGCUCACAUCAUUUAGAUUUGCUUUAUCGGUUUUUGCUGUGAAUUAGAUCUCGUAUUGCAUCAGUCUGUGUUUUUGAGAAAACAACGUACUUAAAUCUAUGACGUCAUCCCAAUGAUGAUGGUGUCUCAAUUCUAUGCUCUCGCUUCUGCGUACGCAUGGAAUAUUUUUGGAUCUUCUAAGUACUUUCUUCCUGCUUGUCUGUUAAAACGCAACCGAAUCGAUUGUCAGUAUACUCGUCCUCUUCGGUUUAUUCAUGAGUGAAAUCAUAACCCGCCUUUGGGGUAGUUUGUUGUUUGUCACCAUUCUUUAUAGGACCGACAUGUAGCUAUUUUCUUCUUGUGAAUAAUACUUCCUAGUACAACGUAGUCAAUUUGUUGAUUCUUGUGAAUAAGGUAACCAAUCAACAAGAAACAAAAAUUUAAAUUUAAAUUUGAGCAUACAAAUUUGCACAGGCUUGUAACAGGUAUCUGUACAUAGAGAAUUUAGUCGUUGUUCAUUCGUCAUAACCACAAGGAUAUCGAUUACAUUAGACACGUGCGUGAGGUCGAAGUCGAACAGGAAUAAUUUCUUACUUGCGACGAGAAACAGGAUCAUUUAUCAUCAUCUUCGUAUAAGAAUAUAAGAGCAAAUUCUUGUAGUUGAACCACGACCGACAUGUUUGUACUCACCACACCUGGUUACGGUCAACUGACAUGUUCUUCGAUAGAGCCUGCCUUCUUACUAGUUCAUUUUGUUGGUUCGAUGUAAAUAUGAUCAGAAAAUUAUUUUCC